AUGGAAUUCGGACCUCAAGUGUUAGAAAAUAUUGCGUUAGCUGGUGACGCAGCUCAUAUACCAGACAAGAUAUUCGCCAAGUUAGUGACUUGUGCAUGUCAAGGAGUGUUAAAUGAAGAUCAGCGAAAUAUUGUUGAAGAGAAUCCUGCAUUUAAAGAUACAAAUAAGGCAGUUCUGAAAGCAGCCUUCAGUGGUCUUGUUACCUUGAUUAUUGAGGCAGCCAAACAUGAUAGUAGUGACCAAAACAUUAGUUCACUGUUAGAAGAAUGCAAGUACACAGCAGAUAAAAUAAAUGAAUUCAGCAAAAUAUUUUUACCUCAGAAACCACACAUCCAGCUUCUCCUUGGGAAAAUUGGCUUCAGUUUUCCCCAUAUAGUUGAUGUAGAUUGGAGAUUAGAUUACUAUAUCAAGAAUAACAAUGUAGAAAAAGUAAAUUCCGGUGUGUACUUGAUUUCCCUGAAGACAGAGAUACCAGGAGAGCAUGAGCUGAAGGAUUUUCAGUUUUCAUGUACUGUAGAACAACUGCAGGACCUUGUGGGAAAACUGAGAGAUGCCACCAAAUGCAUGGAGAGAAUUGCUCAAGUUUAG